GACGACGGGAAGGGGACCCGAGAGGGGGCGAGCGACCGAGCGCGGCGACGCGGGGUGAGUGUGGUGUGGUGUAAAGGAAUUCAUUAGCCAUGGAUGUAAUCAAGAAGGGACUUUCAAAGGCCAAGGAAGGAGUUGUGGCUGCUGCUGAAAAAACCAAACAGGGUGUGGCAGAGGCAGCAGGAAAGACCAAAGAGGGAGUUCUCUAUGUAGGCUCCAAAACCAAGGAAGGAGUGGUUCACGGUGUGACCACAGUGGCUGAGAAGACCAAAGAGCAAGUGACAAAUGUUGGAGAGGCGGUAGUGACAGGGGUGACAGCAGUAGCACAGAAGACAGUGGAGGGAGCAGGGAGCAUUGCAGCUGCUACUGGCUUUGGCAAAAAGGAUCAGUUGGGCAAGAGUGAAGAAGGAGCCCCACAGGAAGGAAUUCUGGAAGAUAUGCCCGUGGAUCCUGACAAUGAGGCUUAUGAAAUGCCUGAGGAAGGGUAUCAAGACUAUGAACCUGAAGCCUGAGAAAUAUCUUUGCUCCCAGUUCCUUGAGACCUGCUGACAGAUGUUCCAUCCUGUACAAGUGCUCAGUUCCAACGUGCCCAGUCAUGAUAUGUUCCCAAAGUUUUUACAGUGUAUUUUGAACUCUUCCUUCAGCAGUGAUUAAAGUGUCUGUACCUGCCCCCACUCAGCGUUUCGGUGCUUCCCUCCCAUGGAAGUGAGUAUAUGGUAGCAGGGUCCUUGUGUGCUGUGUGGAUAUUGUGGCUUCAAAUCUAAAAUAUUAAAAUAAAUUUAAAACACCUAAGUGACUACCACUUAUUUCUAAAUCUUCACUAUUUUUUUGUUGCUGUUGUUGAGAAAUUGUGAUUUACUAUCAUAUAUGAGAUUUUUAGGUGUCUUUUAAUGAUUCUAAGAGUAAUGAUGUGUUGUGAAAUUUAUUAAUAUAUACAGUACUUAAAAACGUGAGCAUGAAACUAUGCACGUAUAAAUAUUAACCAUGAAAUUUUACUGUUUUGU